UAAAAAUGGAAAGUUUCUGGGGGUUCGAACAGGAAGAAAAGGAGGCCUCUGAAGCAGCCAUAGGUGUGCCUCUAGUCCUACUCAAAUUAAUGCCGAGCAAAAGAGAAAAUAAUACUCAUCAAGGGCCCUAGAAAAAUUCCACUGCACUCUCGGCGAUCGUUUUGAGCGAGAUAGCGAGACCUAUUCACACACAAAAGAUGAGUUUGGUAUGACACCGCUCCAUUACGCAGCGCAGUUAUUGCCACCGGGAUAUUGGAAGGGACGUGAGAAAUGGAACUCGCUACUGAAGGGCCUCGAACUGGAUGAUCUGAACGAGCAGGAUGAAGACGGUCGUACCCCACUGUCUUACGCAGCAGAGCUUGGAGACGCGUGGGCUGUGAAGAAAUUGAUAGAAGCUGGAGCGGACCCCUACCGAUGUGACAAAAAUGGACGAUCGGUCUUAUCCUGGGCAGCACAAUUCGGCCACGAAACAUUGAUUGAGCUACUCAGUUGGGAUGUCGAGUUCUCUGAUGACAAGGAUAACCAAGGCUGGACACCUUGCCAUUACUUUCUCCAAUGCUUUUUACAAAGCGAGUCUCACUCAACUAAAGGUUAUGAUCUCCGCAUUCUUCCACUGAUUUGGGACAGAAGCCAUUCCCGGGGGGUAAGGGGCCUUUCACUGGAGGUAAAACACCGACACUGGGGUAUCUGGACGUGGACACAAGUUCCAUCCAAGCAUAUGAAGGCAUCCAUGUUGUCUGAGCAUGAUGCCUUUGGCCUCACCCUGCUAGCGCGUGCUGUACGACUCGAAAGAUAUUUAAUCGUCAAGGUACUUCUUACCAUCGAGGGCAUCAAUAUAGGCGUGGCGGACCGAGACGGAAAAACGCCGCUUUGGUGGGCCAUAGAGGCUAGAAACCGCGAUAUUGCCGAACUAUUGUGGGACGAUGAUGAUACUACUCUGAGGCUACUUGCGAGGAAUGCUCACACUCGAUCUGAACAUCUGGAAUGGCUUGUUACCAACGAUUAUUCGUUUGCCAGACUGCAAGGACCAAACAAAGAGAACGCUUUCCAUAUAAUGCUUGACAUCCCUAAUAUUGGCGUUAUGGAGCAUCACCUCCAACAAAUCAUCACCCGAGUAUCCGAUUUACCUACGGACACUGUUGAAGCUCCAACAUAUACGAGGUCAGGAUCUCUAGUGGAAAUUCUAGAGAAAGCCGACAGACGUGGCUUAACCCCUUUAGCUUUGGCAAAAGAGAAAAGACUGCUACCGAUAGUGAAGCUUUUCCUUCGGUGUCGUGCCAAAGUGGAUUGCUUCAAACACAAAGCGGACUGGUUUAAUAUAUUGCCGGACAGUAAGAAUAUGGCAUCUUUCUGCAAUUUGGAGGAAACGUAUCGGAAUGUUUCAUUUGAGCUGGUACGAAAGAAGAACAAUAUCCUUGUCUUCGACUUCUACCAAGCAGAGGAUGUAACUCCACAAGGACAUCUUGUCGAACGAUGUGAUAUGCUUCAGCAUCUCUGCAGUACUAUCUCUCACGGCCAGAUUCCUGCAAGCGACGACACAUUCCUACAGCAAUACAUUGGCGAAUUAUUUCAGGAAUGGUCCCUGAUAUGCGAUGAAAUAGAGACGCAUAUCAUUGAUCAUUGCAAUGGUGACGAGACGAGCGCCACUGUUCUGAUUACUGACCUAGCUGAUGAUUCACGUUACUUGGCCACCAUUCAGAAGGCCCUUCAAGACCAGGUAAAGGGAAUACAGAAGGCAAUCAGUGAAUAUCGCAGGGUGGAUGUAUACCACAGUCUUCGUUUGCAAGAGGCAGAAGAGGGUCUCGGACAACUGAAGGCGACUAUCACUGAUCGACUAGAUAAGCAACAUGAACGCGUGCGUGAUCUCCGCCAAAUGUUUAUCUUCUUACCAUUGAUGUUUGCAUCGAGUCUCUUCGGCAUGAACGUCAACGCUCUGCAAAGCAACCCUGACUGGCGCUGGUACAUCGUGUUGGGCGCCGCAUCCCUUCUUUUGACCUAUGCCUUGUGGAAGGUUUCUGAUCAGAACGUCCGAAUAUCCCAGAUAUGGUCUGAAUUACGAUCGGGACGGGCCAUGAAGAACAAGACGAAGGAUUGUGAAGGCUAA